AUGGAUCAUACGCUUAGCACAGAGUCUGGAGAUGAUAAGGCUCUGCCAUUAUCGAAGAACAAACUCAAGAAACUCAAGCGCGACCAGGAAUGGGAAGCGAAUCGGGCGAAGCGAAAAGAAAAGCGCCGGGAGAAACAAAUCGAGAAGAAACAACGCAAGCGGGCUGCCCGUCAAGGAACUGCGCCAACUGCCCCUCCCAACCAAACACCGGCUCGUGAAAACGGACAAGAGAAGAUUACGGAACCAAAGAAAUUGACCCGGCAAGAGUACACACAGCUUCCGAUCACUUUAGUCCUUGACUGCGGGUUCGACGAUCUAAUGAUGGAUAAAGAGCUCAAAUCGCUGGGCUCUCAGGUCACGCGAUGCUAUUCUGAUAAUCACAAAGCUCCACUGCAAGCCCAUCUUGCCGUCAGCUCUUUCGGAGGACAUCUGAAGGAAAGGUUUGACGGUCUCCUCGCUGGCCACUAUCGUUCGUGGAAAAAUGUCAGGUUUUUGGAAGAUGACUUCGUGCAAGCUGCCACGCAGGCGAAAGAGUGGAUGAAAGGAGAGCGUGGCGGGAAGCUUGCGGGUGCUUUAGCCAAGGAGGACGAUUCACCACAGACAUCGCACGCGCAAGACGAAACUGGAGAAGUCGUGUACUUGACAAGCGACAGUCCUGAUACAUUGACCGAAUUGCGACCGUACAGCACAUACAUCAUCGGAGGUCUGGUGGACCGCAACAGACACAAAGGUGUUUGCUACAAGAGGGCCAUGGACAGGGGCAUGAGAACGGCAAAGCUCCCAAUUGGGGAUUAUAUGCAAAUGGCAAGCAGAUUCGUUCUAGCUACCAACCAUGUCGCGGAGAUCAUGCUCCGCUGGCUCGAGCUGGGGGAUUGGGGCAAGGCAUUUCUUCAGGUGAUGCCCAAGAGGAAAGGAGGAGUGCUGAAACCCAACAUCAGAGAUCCAGAUGACGAGGCAGAUAGCGAAGCUUUGGAGGAAGAGAACGCGGAGGUCGAGGUUUUGGACGGGAAAGUUGAAGACGAGGACGCUGAGGCCUCGAAAGGGGAAGAUGGUUCUGGGUAUCGGAUGGUAAAAGGGUAG